CCCAAGCCACUGGGAGAAACGUUGCAGCCCGCGCCGAACGCCGGACAGCAUAAAGGAUUCCCGACCGCCGGGCAGCGGUGCUCGGAGGACACAGGUCUACGCCGUCCCUCACGCAGUUUCGGAGAAGGAGCGCUGGGCCCAUGGAGGGAAGGCGGCAGGCUCGGCGGCUGCGGAAGCUCGCUGGGGCAGGGGCUCAGGGCGGAGGUCUGAUGGUGGAGGCCACCGAGAACUGUCAACGGAGCCGCGUCCGCACAGCGAGCCUCCCUUAUUCAUUCAGGGCGAGUGUGUAUUUGGGGCGGCGCGCGGGGGUGCUGACCAAGACCGGAGAGCUCCCGGCGCGGCCGCCGGCGGAGCGAAGGCUAGAACCCCUAUGAGCGCCCCCCAGCGCCCCUGAGCGCUCCCUGCCGGUGCACGACGCCCCCAGCGGGAGGCAGGGAUCAGCAGAGCCUCGCGCCCCGAGGCCCGCCCCCGUCUCACCACAAGGACCGAGCUGGAGGAUCUUCAGAAGAAGCCUCCCCCAUACCUGCGGAACCUGUCCAGCAGUGAUGCCAAUGUCCUGGUGUGGCACGCUCUCCUCCUACCUGACCAACCUCCCUACCACCUCAAAGCCUUCAACCUGUGCAUCAGCUUCCCGCCUGAGUAUCCGUUCAGGCCUCCCAUGAUCAAAUUCACAACCAAGAUCUACCACCCCAACGUGGACGAGAGCGGACAUGUUUGCCUGCCCAUCAUCAGCAGUGAGAACUGGAAGCCUUGCACCAAGACUUGCCAAGUCCUGGAGGCCCUGAAUGUGCUGGUGAAUAGACCGAAUAUCAGGGAGCCCCUGCGGGUGGACCUCGCUGACCUGCUGACAGAGAAUCCGGAGCUGUUCAGAAAGAAUGCUGAAGAGUUCACCCUCCAAUAUGGAGUGGACCGGCCCUCCUAACUCAUGUUCUGACCCUCUGUGCACUGGAUCCUUGGCAUGGUGGAUGGACACAUCUCAUGGACUGAGGCCAGAGCCCCCUAUGGCCCAUUCCCCACUCAUUUUUUCUUUCUUAGGUUGUUAGUCAUUCGUUUGUGUGUGUGGGGUAGAGGGAAGGGAGCUGUGAGUGUGUGUGUUGUGUGUGGACUCACUCCCGGGUUCAUCUGGCCACAGGUACACCCUUCCCACAGCCUUUGCAUCCCCCAGAGCCAAGGGAGUUUAAGUUUGCAGAGUUACAGGCCAGUUCUCCAGCUCUCCAUCUUAGAGAGACAGGUCAUCUCGCCGGCCCGCUUGCAGGAAAUGAGCCCUGCAGCCGACUCGAAUCCCCCUAGGGCUCAGGCACUGAGGGCCUGGGGACAGUGGAGCGUAUGGGUGGGAGACAUAUGGAGGGUACCCUAUUUACACCUGAGUCAGCAAAGCCACUGAUGGGAAUCUACAGAUUUAGGUGCUAAACCGUUUAUUUUCCACGGAUGAGUCACAAUCUGAAAAAUCAGACUUCCAUCCUGAAAAUCUGUAUGUUUCAAAACCACUUGCCAUCCUGUUAGAUUGCCAGUUCCUGGGACCAGGCCUCAGACUGUGAAGUGUGUGUCCUCCAGCAUCCAGUCCAGGGGGAGCCACAGAAACCAUGAUCUUGCUUAAGCCAUUAAAGUCAAAGAUGAAUUCUGGA